GUCGCCGUCCGAGCACCGAAUACGCACGUUGCUGGCCAUUGUUCCAAGGCCUAGACUCGGCGCACGAGCACGGACGGCAGCCGAUGUGGGCGCGAUUGUCACUAAGCUGCAGCAAAUCUCGUCAUCGGCGUGUCCUUAGCUUGCUCCGCAAAGAAACCAUGAACAGCGUCGUCGGACGCUGGUUGCGAAGAGGGUGAAAACCCCGUACUCUGCAACCCUUGUCGCUUGGGAUUCAAUUGUGAACAAAUAUUCGUCUCAAUCUGGCGACUCCCACAUACCCCGCACGUUCCAGCACUGGCGAUCGAGCAGCUCCCAUUGAGUCCUUGUGCGAGGGUGGACAAUGGACGAGGGCAGCGAUGCGCAGCGCGAACAAUCCAAUGGAAGCGCGAAUCUUGAAGCCAGUCUGUCGCUGGCUGAGCGAACGCGACAACGUGAAAUACAGAGUUACCUCUCAGCAGCGUCGAUCACGACAGACCUAGCACGUCUUGACGACAUCCAACGUGGCGUGGCUCCUAAGCCGUCCUCCGAUCGAAGCCUGACUUCCCUCGUCCAGCUCGCAGCCUUUCGGCUCGACGCUGAGCGAUCCUUCUUGUCACUGAUCGACGGCACCACACAUUUCAUUGUCGCGGAGGCCACAAAACAGACAUCGUUGAGCAAUGCUGCCGGACAAAAUGAUCUGUUUCUCGGUGCCAUGUGCAUGGACAAAGACUGGGGAAUCUGCCCCAAAGCCAUGGACUUUUUCUGCGACACUAAAAGCGAAUUGAGAUGCUCAGAUCCAAACAUCAUCGCCAAUAAGACCUGUUACAUCAUAGUAGAUCUUCGCGCGGACCCAAAUCUUUGCGAGCGACCCUAUGUCAAAAAUUGGCCAUACAUAACAUCAUAUUUGGAAGUACCUAUCAUUUCUUCCUCCGGCCAUGUCAUUGGUGGUCUGUCCGUGGUUGACAACAAACUCCGACAGUUUGAUGAUGAUUCUGUCAACAACCUCACCGAGAUUGGAAGAAUAAUCAUGUCCCAUCUAGAACACGUUCGAAUCAAGAAGUACCAGGAACGCUCUGUCCAGCUUAUCAAAGGACUAGAUCAGUUCAUCAAGGAAGAAUCCAGCACUUCGUUUAGGAAACCUAAUGCUUGCUUGCAUCAAAAAGAGGAUCCAGCAAAGAUGAAGUAUGCGACUCAGCCUUCCUCAAUAACGGAGUCCGAAUCCGCAGCAUCAUCGCUCCUAAGUAAAACGGAAAGAAUGAAUCUGACUGAAUCGGAUCCAAGUGAAAUUCCAAUCACGAGCGAAAAUCAAAUACAGACUAAUGUGUUUUCGCGAGAAAUUCGCACACUCUUCGUUCGCUCGGCAUCUCUAAUACGUGAGAGUUUGAUGAUGGAUGGUAUGAUAUUUGUUGAUGCUUCACCCCCGUACAUGAACAGUCCACUGAGAGACCACGCCACACUCCUCAACAUCCAGUUUCCCGAUGAACAUGUAUCAAAGAAACCCGAGGAUGUAGAAGCUUCUCCGGUAUUUGCUGUAAGCUUGGCUCACGGGCAUUCAGCCGACAUCGCCAUUCCGCGGGUGCUGGUCGACAGACUCGCGGAUCGGUUUCCACGAGGACAAAUUUUUUUGGCAGAUCAAUAUGGUGUACUGGGUAGAUCAACGGUAUCGGAGGCUUCAAGCGGCAACGUAACGCCAACAUUGAACUCGGGCACCGAUAAGGAAGAGGACACCAGUGUGGAUGUGCAAGCACUAUUCACGCAUUUACCUCGUGCCACAUCGGCAAUUUUUCUCCCAAUGUGGCACUUCCAAAAGGAAAGAUGGUGUGCUGCAGGCAUAGGAUGGACAUGUGACUCGACUUAUUCAUUCGAAUCGUGUGACACCACCUAUCUUAGUGCUUUUGGGGACAGCAUCAUGAAUGAAGUCAUGCGUUACGAAGCUCUCGCAGUUAGUAAUGCAAAAAGUGAUUUUAUAUCCUCCAUUAGCCACGAAAUGCGUUCUCCUCUACAUGGAAUUUUGGCCACAACAGAACUUCUUAGCGACACCGUCGUAUCAAGUGAGGAACGCUCGAUGCUAGCGAUGAUUCGCUCCUGUGGCACGACACUCCUGGACACUAUGAAUCAUUUGCUGGAAUUUGCAAAAAUCAACAACCUCAGUCAAUCAAAGAGCAGGAAGGGAGAGGGCGAGGUUGGCAUAUUGAAGAAAGCUGACCUCAGUCGCUUAGUAGAGGACGUUGUUGAAAGUGUCAGCGCGGGAUAUGCCUUUGAAAUGACUCCACAUCGACAUGACGUUUUGAGAGACGGUAUUGCCUCCACACCUGCUGUCGAGAAUGGGCCAGAGUUACCAGUGUUGGUCACGCUUGAUAUUCAACCAUCGAACCGCUGGCAAAUGACACUAGACGUUGGCGCGUGGAAACGCAUUGUCAUGAACUUAGUUGGGAAUGCAUUGAAGUACACUCCUGGCGGAUAUAUCAAUGUCGCACUUUCUGCGUGUCAAGACACUAUCCGCUUGUCAGUCCAGGACACAGGCGUGGGGAUCGGAGACGAGUAUUUGAAGUAUAGGCUUUUCACGCCUUUCGCACAAGAAAACUCAUUCUCUUCGGGAACAGGCCUUGGACUGGCUAUCGUAAAGCAAAUUGUGCGGAAUCUUGAGGGCAGUCUCGACGUGCAAAGCCAAGUUGGUGUUGGAACGUUGGUUUCUGUGACCGUUCCCUUUCCCCUCUCAACGACUCAUUCGCCUCCCUGCACGAAUCAGACCUUCGGCCAGCUGCAUGGUAACGAGCUCUGCCUGAUUCGGCCGCCCAAUCUGCUCCACCUCGAUUUGGAUCCGAAACGAUGCGCUUACACCAAACGCCUAGAGGAGUCCGUUGAAAGAAUCGCAAAAUCUUGGCUUGGUAUGAAAGUAACACGUACCACGACCGUUGAGGGAACCAGCGCGGAUGUAUUUGUGAUAGACGGCUCUCUUGAAUACUCGCUGGAAUCCGUGAGUCCACUUGUGCUGGGUAAGAAGCCGGUAGUCGUCAUCACUAGUUCACGUUCGCGAUACCGAUUGCUCGGCUCGGCUGUCACGUACGUACGAACCCCUUUAGGUCCUCGACAGCUUGCAGCAGCGAUUACUAGAGCCAUGGAAAGUGCCAAGGAAGAGACUCAAGGAGAACCAAUCAAUCCAGAGGUAGCCCGAUUGUCGCCCGAAGCAAUGCAACGAUUGCAACCCACAAAAUCUUCUGAAACCAGUGCAAACGAUUCUAACUACUCCUUCGCAGCAGCACGGGACAUUUGUGCUUCCGGUCAUCAUGUUCUGAUUGUCGACGAUAAUGCCAUCAACGUCAAGAUUUUGACGAAACUAUUCGACAAUCUGGGGCACGCGUACACUACAGCGAUGAAUGGUCUCGAAGCUGUGGAGGCGUAUACACGAGGAGUAACCGAACGACCUUUUAGCAUUGUUUUCAUGGACGUGUCCAUGCCUGUCAUGAAUGGCUUCGAUGCAACACGAGGAAUAAGACAGUAUGAACAAACCAACGGCAUCCCACCUGUACGAAUUGUUGCUUUGACGGGACUGGGUGACGAAGGCAGUGAGGCAAAGGCUUUUGCUUGCGGCAUGGAUGAGUUCUGGACCAAACCGGUGAAGCUGGGUGAAAUCAAGAAACUGUUAGCAGACAAUACAAGAUAUGAGAACUUUCAGGGUUGACAGCUGAAAAAAAAAAAUUCAAGUUCAGAUGUUGGCAAAGGUUUAAUUGACUUGAACAUUUAGUGUAUCCUUCACGUUCAUGCAGCAUUGUGGGUCAGCAGGGUCUGCGUCACGCAAGGAGAUAUGAUCAGCGAAUGGUAGUCUUGCGGCCAAAUUCGCGCAGACAGUCCACUCUAUUUUUGCAUGUUGAAACAGAGGCGGCAAUAGCGGUACUGGUGAUGCUUGCGGUUCAGCGGGCAUUCGGUAGGCAGCAACAAGCGGCGAAGCGGACCACUGAGGGCUUGAAAGCAUGACGAGAUGCACCCUUUUGGACUGAAAGCCGGGUUGUAUAGCAUUACCACGCGGCUUUACUUGCCAAGAGUGACGUCCAUAGGCCUUAGGGGGAAAGCUAAAGCUGACGAAAAGGUUGAACGGUCCAAGAGAAAGGAGGGGAUGAUGUCGCCUUCACAAAAUGGCAGAGUGUCGCGCCGGUUACUGAUGUCUCAGGCUAGACUGGACUGAAUCGUGGGCCGGAGCAACGUACAGUUUGCAUCAGCGUCCUCCACGCACCGGCGAUUUUACCCUUCCUGUCAGCAUACUUUAUGCUUGCUGUUACCUGACGGUAGCGGCUGUGUGGCUACUCUCCUGAAGGGCUAGGAGUUUGAGACAAGGCAACGGCGAAAGCGCAGUCGUGACUUGUACGGGUGGCCUGAGAUGUAGAGCGGAAACAAAUUCUGAACUCCUUCCAGGCUGAAAGACAUUGGGGGUGAUCGGCGAUCUGGGGAUGGAGAUAGAGAUAAGAAUCAGAAGUUGAUUGCGCAUCACUGCCUCAGCGGUGCCGAGCGCGUGUGUUCCGUUGCGGACGGACCGGAUGGACACCAGGUCCAUGAGCCCUGGAUGAUGGGAGUUGACCUGGAAGAGAUUAUCAUAUGAUCCGAGCAGGCUUCCAGCAUCCAGUGAAGCUGAGCUGCUUGAGUGGUUGGUAAAGAAUGAGCAAGAACGAAGGCUGGGUUGUGCGAUGAUGCCAAAGCCUCGUUAGAGGGUGAGGACAACAUCUACUGCGGCCUCGUUCCGGCAGAGUAAAGGCUCGCGAUCUACAGUCGAUGCAUGUGUACAGUAGCUUGAGAUUUUUCAUGUUAGCGCUUACUCAAGUGGGG